GCGCGACAGCAAAGCGUCCGAGAGGCCAAACAGACGCCCCCCCCCUCGCGGCUCCCGCAUAAAUACAGCCGCCCUUGCCCAGCGCCCGUCCGGAAUCUCUUCUUCACGGCAAUCUUUUUUUCCCACGCAGAUUCUCUCCCUCACUGGAGAAUCGAAUAACCGGAAACAAAGACUACCAGCACUCUAUCGCUUCGCUCUCUCGCCUUCUACUCCUCCCUCUGUCUCCUCUUUACCCUAAGAAACUACACUCAUCAUGCGUGAAUGUAUCUCGAUCCACGUCGGUCAGGCCGGUGUCCAGAUUGGUAACGCCUGCUGGGAGCUUUACUGCCUCGAGCACGGUAUCCAGCCUGAUGGUCAGAUGCCUUCGGACAAGACCAUCGGUGGUGGCGAUGACUCUUUCAACACCUUCUUCUCCGAGACUGGUGCUGGCAAGCACGUGCCCCGUACCGUCUUCGUUGACCUCGAACCUACCGUCGUUGACGAAGUUCGUACCGGUACCUACCGUCAAUUGUUCCACCCCGAGCAAUUGAUCACCGGCAAGGAGGAUGCCGCCAACAACUACGCCCGUGGUCACUACACCAUCGGAAAGGAGAUCGUCGACCUCGUCCUUGACCGUAUCCGUAAGCUCGCCGACAACUGUACCGGGCUUCAAGGAUUCCUCGUGUUCCACUCCUUCGGUGGAGGAACAGGUUCCGGUUUCGGUGCCCUCUUGCUUGAGCGCUUGUCGGUCGACUACGGCAAGAAGUCCAAGCUCGAGUUCUCCGUCUACCCCGCUCCUCAAGUUUCUACCGCAGUCGUCGAGCCUUACAACUCCAUUUUGACCACGCACACCACCCUUGAGCACUCCGACUGUGCCUUCAUGGUUGACAACGAGGCCAUCUACGACAUUUGCCGUCGUAACUUGGACAUUGAGCGUCCUACCUACACCAAUUUGAACCGUUUGAUCGCUCAAGUUGUAUCCUCCAUCACCGCGUCCCUUCGUUUCGAUGGUUCCCUCAACGUCGACUUGACUGAGUUCCAGACCAACUUGGUGCCAUACCCCCGUAUUCACUUCCCGUUGGUCACUUACGCUCCCGUCAUCUCUGCCGAGAAGGCCUACCACGAGCAGCUCACCGUUGCCGAGAUCACCUACUCUUGCUUCGAGCCCGCGAACCAGAUGGUGAAGUGCGACCCCCGUCACGGAAAGUACAUGGCUUGCUGUCUCUUGUACCGUGGUGACGUUGUCCCCAAGGACGUCAAUGCCGCCAUUGCGACCAUCAAGACCAAGCGUACCAUUCAGUUCGUCGACUGGUGUCCCACCGGUUUCAAGGUCGGAAUUAACUACCAGCCUCCCACCGUCGUCCCCGGAGGUGACUUGGCCAAGGUUCAGCGUGCCGUCUGCAUGUUGUCCAACACCACUGCCAUCGCCGAGGCCUGGGCUCGUCUUGACCACAAGUUCGAUCUCAUGUACGCCAAGCGUGCCUUCGUCCACUGGUACGUCGGUGAAGGUAUGGAGGAAGGUGAAUUCUCCGAGGCCCGUGAGGAUUUGGCUGCCCUCGAGAAGGAUUACGAGGAAGUCGGUACCGACUCCGUCGAGGGUGAGGAAGAGGAGGCCGAGGAGUACUAGAUGCUAGAUACCCCAAAUUCGUGUUAAAGCAUGUAUAAGUGCGGACACUUAUGAAAAUGAAAAGCUGUCUAGUUGUGUUUCAAGUCUUUGGUUCAAAAAAAUAAGAUGUAUUAUGCGUACCAUUAAGCC